AACAAAAAUUCUAUUCCUCUUAUGUGCAUUAAUGGAAAAUCUUACACAACAAUUACUUUAAAAUGUAACAAAUCUCACCCAUUAAAUAAUCCAUCUACCUGAAGUGCAGUGUAAGCCAACAAAUCAACCAAACGCGACCCUCACUUUCUCUCUCAUGCACAAAAAACAGAGCAAGUGAGAGAAAAACAGAGCAAAGAGAUUAAUCUGCAAAAUACUUCACCAUCAAUGGCGUAAAGAGCGACCAAGCAUAACCUUGCGUGCCGGAAACCUUCAUAUUCAGUUGGGCCACCCCCAGAAACCCACAAUCUACACUCCAUAAAACAUUCAAAUACAGAAAUAUACAUACAUAUUAUGUGUGUAUAUAUAUAGAGAGAGAGAGAGAGCUUUGUUGAAAGAGUGAGAGAAAGUGUGUAUGUGUGUCUGAGAGAGAGAGAGAGAGAGAGAGGGGUGAAAACUGAAUAAAUUUAUGAGGAAGAGAGAGAAAAGCAAAGCUGGGAAAGCACGGAGAUCAGUUCUUGGACGGGAUUUUCGACUGUAUCCAUGAAAUCACGGCGGCGCUCGUGUUCUCUAGGAUGAGUGAGUCUGCUUACAGGGUUGAAACGACGUCGCGCCUCGCCCAAUGGCGGAUCGAGAACUUGGCCUCCUGCACUUACAGAAAAUCCGAUCCCUUCAAGAUCGGCAAGUGGAAUUGGCAUUUAUCUGUGGAGAAAAACCGGACUCUGUUCAUUAAGUUGUUCCCGGAGAUAUCAAAUUUAACUAGGGAAAAUCCUCCGAUCGCUUCAUUCAUAAUCAGAGUGGUGUCCUCAGUGGGAGAUAGGAAGUGUUUGGUUCAUCCAGAAGUUACUGAUAAGCAGCUCAAGAGCAACGAGGAUUUCAUCUGGUCUAUUGAGGUUCCAUUAACUGGAAAAUUCAUCAUCGACGUUGAGUUUCUUGAUCUAAAGAUUGCAUCUCCAGACGGCUCGGGGCCUUGUUCGAUUUGGGCGGAAGGGUUCACAAAAGCACAGUCGAAUCAAACAGCUCUUUCAUCACUUGGUCGAAUGUUAUCUGAAAGCAUCCAUACGGAUAUUGUAAUCAAUGCCUCCGACGGAACCAUCACAGCCCAUCGGGCAGUUCUUGCUUCCAGGUCACCUGUUUUCCGCAGCAUGUUCUCACAUGAUCUCAAGGAGAAAGAAAUGUCAGCCAUAAACAUUUCGGACAUGUCGAUCGAAGCCUGCCAGGCUUUUCUCAAUUACAUCUACGGCAACAUAAGGAACGAAGAGUUCUUGGCCCACAGGCUGGCCCUACUUCGAGCAGCUGAUAAAUACGAUGUAUCAGAUUUAAAAGAAGCAUGCCAUGAAAGCCUACUGGAGGACAUCGACACCAAGAACGUUCUUGAACGGCUCCAGAACGCAUCCCUCUAUCAACUGCCGAAGCUGAAGAGCAGCUGCAUGAGAUACCUGGUGAAAUUCGGUAAGAUCUACGAUAUCAGAGAUGAUUUCAAUAGCUUCCUGCAAUGUGCUGAUAGAGAGCUGAUUGCUGAAGUAUUGAACGAAAUUCUUGCUGCCUGGAAGGGCUUCUGAAGAAAAUGAAAAAUAGCUUCCUGCAAUGUGCUGAUAGAGAGCUGAUUGCUGAAGUACUGAACGAAAUUCUUGCUGCCUGGAAGGGCUUCUGAAGAAAACGGAAAAAAGGGACGGUCAGGACGUAGGUUGUUAUCCACUUGUGUGCACCAAGAUAUUCUUUGGUUUGUCUUAAGAUGUGCCGAUUGUUCGUUGACAUGUAUAGGUAUUGAUUUAAGGUGGUUGGCCAUAUGAAUUUGGUCCAAUGUGUAUACUUUGAUGAAUUAGAUAAGAACCACACUGUAAAAUGUGAAUAUCACAAACAGACAUGCUUGUUAUUUAUGAAAUCAAUGUUGUUUCAAGAA